AUGGCCGAGCUCAAACCUUACAGAGGAGAUUACUAUCUCUGGCUUUACAUCCCUUCUACGCCUGCCGCAGCUUUGUUCACUGCUCUCUUCUCCCUGGGAACGGCCUACAUAUUAUGGCGCAUGUUUAAGAGUCGCACCUGGUUCUGCACCGCCUUUGUUAUUGGGGGUCUUUUGGAAAUUGUUGGUUACGUCGCGAGGGCCGUGGCCAAGAACAAGACCGAACAACUCAUGCCCUACGUCAUUCAAAGCACCUUCAUUCUUGUCGCCCCCGCCCUAUUUGCCGCCACCAUCUACAUGAUAUUGGGACGCCUCAUCCGAGCCCUCGACGCUACGGCCCUGUCCAUCGUCCCUGUCAAGUGGCUUACAAAGAUCUUUGUUUGCGGCGAUAUAGCCUCCUUCGCUGUCCAGGCCACGGGGGCUGGUGUCAUGGUCACAGCCGACUCGAUGAAAACGGGCGAGAAUAUCAUCCUGGGCGGCUUGUUUAUCCAGAUUGUCAUAUUUGGCCUGUUUGCUGUCACGGCAGCCAUAUUCCAUAUUCGAGCCGUACGAUGCCGCCCCCACAGUUACAUUGAUUGGGAAAAGACCAUGAUCAUGCUUUAUAUCGUCAGCGCUUUGAUUAUGGUGCGAUCAAUCUUUCGCGUCGUCGAGUAUAUCAUGGGCCAUGACGGAUACCCGCUUAAGAACGAGUGGACUCUCUACGUCUUUGACGCCGCGCUGAUGUUUGGUGUCGUUGUUAUGUUGGGAUGGAGAUAUCCCUCUGACCUACGUCCUGAAAAGACUCAGGAUCUGGACGUUGCACUCGAGUCGGCAAGGACACCGCCCCAGGAUUCGCCGCAUUCUGAUAAGCAUGUUUCUCGAGGAAGAUCCGGCAAGGCUUAG